CCGUCAUGACGCAUGCGUAAUUAGAGUUAAAAUCAGAAUUAGUUCAACGGAAUCCCAGAAAACUGGAAUCGUGGUGCGAGUUUGCGUGAGUUUAGCGGCAGUGGAAAAGAAAAAAUUAGUGCGUCAAAUAACCUGUCAAGACCAAAGUGAAAAUAGAAGACAAUAAUUGCUGUUCGAGGGUGACGACUUUCUGUGUAAACGAAGUCAUAAGGGUGCAAGGUGUAGGAUGUCGAAGCCAGAACAGAUUUUAAUUAUCGAACCGCAGAAUGAACUGCGAUUCAGGGGACCUUUUACUGGAGCUCCUGUUACAUCAUAUAUGAAACUCACUAAUCCUUCAACUCACAAAGUUUAUUUUAAAAUAAAGACAACUGCUCCAAAGAGGUAUUGCGUGAGACCCAAUUCUGGAGCUUUGAAACCAAAAGAAAUAAUUGAAAUAGCAGUUAGCUUACAACCGUACGACUUUGAUCCAACAGAAAAGAGUAAGCACAAGUUUAUGGUACAGUCUGUAAUAGCUCCUGAAGGAGACACUGAUGACUAUCUACAGGACGUGUGGAGGGAUAUGAAUCCAAAUCAGUUAAUGGACUCAAAAUUGAAAUGCGUAUUUGAAAAUCCUGUAAAUUCAUCAUCAACGACUAAAGGUACACCAACUGGUACGACAACUAAAACUGAUACAACUGCGACCGAUGGAAAAAAUAAAGGAACUGGCGACACUGCUAAAACUUCACCCAAGCUUCUCAGCGAAGGGGAAGCUGACGAGACGUUAAUGAAAGCAGCGCAAGAAGUGCAACAGCUUAGGGUACAGCAAAGCAACCUUAUCCAAGAGAAUCUCCUAAUGAGGGAGGAGUUAUUGAAGUGGAAAACUGCAAAAGACAAGGACAGUCUUGUAUCAGAUCAUCAUUCAACGGGAGGAUCAUUGCAAAUGAAUCCUCAGCUUUCUCCAACGUUUACAAGUGUAGCUAUUGCAGUCGCUAUGGUUAUAGUUGGUUAUCUUUUGGGAAAAUUGAUUUGAACAGUCUUUGCCUUACACAACAGCACGCCCUUCCCCCAUUUUUUUCUUAGCCUAAAAAAACAUAAAAAAAACCAAAAAAAAAAAAAAAACCAGAAAUCUCCUUGCCACAUGGCGCCAUCACUGUGAAACCGCUAAACAAUUUAAACUCGUUAUUCAAAAUGUUCAUAAAUAAAUAUUUCCAUUAAACGUCUAAUUGUAGAACAGUCUACAUAAUUUUAAACAAAAAAAAGAUCAUUCACUAGAUUAGCGCAUAAUGGUGCAUAGAAGCGAAGGGACGAAUCCUUUUCUAAGGACCGUAAAAAAAACCUAUACAGAUGUUAGAAAAAAAGGAACACUUGUUUUUAAUUAACAAUUAUUGUCACAAUAUUGCAAAGUCUUAAAUUUCUGAUUAGCACACGUUUAAUUAUUUGUCACGGCCUCUUAUAAAAGGAUUGCGCCAAUGGCAAAGUCUUAAUUAAGGAUUUUAAUUUAGGAUUCUUAUUAAAUGUUUUGAUAGAAGAAUUUUGAUGAUGGACUUUAAAAAAGAAAAUCAGACAUUGGAAUUAUUCACGCGUUACUGUAAAUAGAUAUUUAAAACCAAAAAAAAAAAAGAAAACAGUUUUUAACGACUGAACGAAAUCAACUAUUAUAAAAAAAAUGGAUCAAGCCAAGCUUUUUAAACCUAAAUUAGAUUGUUUAAUUUUCACUAAUAUACAAAAGGGGGAAGGGAAACUACAAUUAUAACAGUAGUGGUGUGUGCACGUAAAUUUGGCGAGCGAAGUCCGCCUCCGGCAAAUGAAUUUGACGCUUCGGUGUACUUUUUUUUUAAUUAUUUAUUUAUCUUUUAGUGUCUUAUAAAGAACGUUUCCAAAUAAAAAGCAUUUCUCGAGUGACAAAAUGAAAAAAAACAAUGUCAAAUCGCAUGCCUCUUUGGGAUUUAAACACCGAAGAUAAUUUAUAAUUUAAAAAGAGAGGGAAAACAAAGAAAUUACCAACUUAUUUAUAUUCGUGCCUUAGACUUUAAGAGGCAACAGUAAUUUUCCGACCAGCUUUUAUUUUUUAUUGUCAAUAUUUUUUUUUCUUUUUGUACGAAACUCUUUAUAUUAUUUUUUUUUCUUCAUCGUCCCUUUGUGCGUGCGUUAAUAGAAUCGAAAACCGGGUGCAAUAACGUGAUAUAUAAAAGAAAAAAAACACUUACGUCCUCGACUUGUAGAAAGUAUAAUAUUGUAUUCGAAAGUGCGAACAUCGUUACCAGUAUCGUCUUUACAAUCAGUGGACCGUUUAAUUGUGUAAUAAUAUUAAAAAGGCAAAAAAAAAAAAAAUACAAACCCACCUAGUGUUUUUGAUAUUGUGUUUAGAUGCAAACUUGGCAUCCAAGAUUGUACACCAGAGUACCGGAGAUGAGCUUUUAACAAUUAAGAUAUUAAAGAGUUUAUGCUCUCAAUUUAAAAAUAAAAAUAAAACAUCCGUGAAAAAAAAGCAAACGAAAAAAAAAAGAAACUAAGUGUUUUUCAUUGCUAAUUCUAAUUAGGACAAUGUUGCUUGGUUUUGGUCUAGAGAAAUUGGUUAAAAAAAAAGAGUAAGAAAAAAACAAAUUCAAUAAUGUAAUUUUUGUUUUUAUCUUUCUCAACAACAAACCAAUAUUUUACUUCGAUUCCUGUUGCGAAGAGCCACAAUAUAAUAAUGAAGAUUUUACUUCAAAUUUACGAGUAUCUUGAAUUUUUAACGGGUGACUGUUCGCUUCGAGAUCGACUAUUUGUUACUGUGUUAUAAGACUCCAUGUUUCUCGUGCAGCAAGAACAGAAUAUUGAUGAAUAAACGUCUGUCCUAUAA